CAGUUACUGGCAUGUCCUGCGAGGGCCACUACAUUGGCUACAUGUUCCUUGGUGAGGUGGCACUGGGCAGAGAGCACCAUAUCACCAUCGACGAGCCCAGCUUGAAGCAGCCACCCCCUGGCUUCGACAGUGUCAUCGCCCGAGGCCGCACCGAGCCUGAUCCGACCCAGGACACCGAGGUGGAGCUGGAUGGCCAGCGAGUGGCGGUGCCCCAGGGCCGGCCUGUGCCCUGCCCAGAGUUCGGCAGCUCCACAUUCUCCCAGAGCGAGUACCUCAUUUACCAGGAGAGCCAGUGCCGCCUGCGGUACCUGCUGGAGGUGCACCUCUGAGCUGCCUGCCCCCCUGCCCUGGUCCCCCGGGGCCCUGCUGGGAGCAGACUGUUAUCCUAAACCCUGCCCAUCUCUGGUGCCCCCAUGUCACCCCUUCUUGCUCCCAGAUCUCCCUGCUGCAUCCCAGACAGUGACCCCGCCGCCCCACUCCAAUGCUUGCCCACCUUGGCACGGUUAUGUCCCAGCGUCUCGCCCCCUAAGGUCGUGGAAGGAUGGACUGGCGUUAUUACUGGGACAGAUGCAGCAGCCUGUUCAAGGCUGUGCAGCGAAAGGAGCACAGGCUGGGAGUGGGCGGGAUCCCACAUCCCCCGACCCCUGGGGUUCCACCCUGGCCCAGACCCUUCUUCCAAGGGGUGUGAUCACCACGGUGGGCUGAACUCCAGGCACGCACAGGCGAGUAUAUUAAACAUUGUGUCCACUCAGCCCCAGCCUCUGCUUGU